AUGGCAGCGAGACCACGCCUCCCCACAGAGGAGGAGAUAGACCAGAUGAAGCCUCUUAAGUUAGCAAGGCUUCUCCUAGACUUUGGCAUGACUGAGGAUGAAACUGAUAAGAUGGAAAAAGAAGAGGCGAGGGCAGAACUGAAGAAGAGGAUCAGGGAUAUGCGGGCAAUGGCUGCAACAAGGAGACGUCCUGGACAGAUUACAGAAAUGUUGCAGCGAGCUAUGUUUGAGAACAAAAUGAAGCGUGGGCGCCUAACACAAAUCUGCAGCUCAAUCUUGGACUUUGUCGACUCCAUGGAUAAUGACGACAAACAAAAGAUGAGUGAAAUCUUCGGUCAAGAUCUUCGAGUAGUCUUGACAGAUGUGUGGACAUUUCUCCAAGACGACAACUGUCCCAUCUUAGUCGUAGGAGAGACCUCAUCAGGGAAGAGCAGCCUCCUCAACUUGCUGCUGGGCGAGGACAUCUUGCCGGUGUCCCAUCUGGCCAGUACCUCUACCCUGUGCUUCGUCAGGCAUGGUGAAGUGAAGAAAGCAACGAUCUACCUAACAGAAGGCAACACUUCUAGUACUGCUGGCAUUGAUCUCCAAGAUGCAGGCAGAGCAAAGGAGGAACUUGCUUCCUACGUGCACAGAUGGGGAAAUGAAGAUGCCACUGGAGUCCAAAAAGUGGUCAUAGAGUGGCCUCUUGAAUCACUGCAGGAUGGAAUAUGUCUUGUUGAUGGCCCGGGGAUUAUGUCAACGCUACAGAUGGAUGAAGUUGUGGCGGGUGCGGUGUCUUCCACCUGUGCCUUUAUCUACAUGAUCAACAGCGCCAUUCCCCUGAAACCAGCAUCAAGCUUCAGUGCUGGUGGGGAAGGGAUAGAUGAUCAUACAGAUGGGCUUUCCCGUCUGCUGAAGUUGUGCCAGAACCACAAAUGGGGAGAUGCAUUCAACAUGUCUCGGUUCGACCUCAAAUCCACAAUGUUCGUCUGCAACAAGUGGGACAGUGUCAAGCAAGAUGAGAGUGAAGUAGUGAAGAAUGACUACUUAAAGAAACUUAAGGACCACUUCCCAGAGCUGAGAGAUGAUCAAGUGUUCUUUCUCUCAUGCAAUAAGGCUGUGAGUCCAGCUGGACAGCUGUCCCCAGAGUUUUCCAGGCUGUUGGACGGGUUGGACAAGCUGCUUCCACAGAGUCUUCAGCACAAACUGGAGCUGCAGUAUCAACAUGUAUGGGAACUGCUGCAGAAGGCAUCACAACUCAUCAGGCUGAAACUGCACAGUGCGUAUGGAACACAGACAGAAAGGACGGAGGCAAGGAAAGAAGCCCGGCGGCGUCUUACAAACUUCCACAUUCAUGCUCAGGACGUCCUACAGAGUCUUAACCAAAGAUUGACAGACACAAGGAGGGAAGCUGAGCACCACCGAAGGGCAUGUCUUACAGAUGAAGCUCUCAAGGAUCGUGUCUACAAGAAGAUACUUAGUGUCUACAACAAGAAAGACUACCAACAGUUGUCUCAGGGCUACAUUGGCACAGCACGGAUGAUAACAGCCAUUGCUGAUGAGGUUGAAUCACAGUUGAAGAAUAACACAAACUCAGCGUUCAACCGGUGCAUCCGUGAAGCUGAUAUCAACCUAAAGGAAGAAUUUGAAACAAGGUUCGGUGCCUUGUUGAAACAGCACAAUAAUGUGAUUGAGGAAAUGCUAAACUCUCCACAGCUUCCAUCGCCAUUUCGGCAACUUUAUACGAUUUUCAAGGAAACAUGCUUCAAAAUCUUAAGUAUCUUUUCCAAGACCUAUGCUCUGGCGAGAACCAUUGACCCUACCCUCAGCAGUCAAAUCUGGACAAUGGUGGACCUUGCACAAAGUCUGGACGAGAUAUUGGUGAGCCCUGAUAACAGGCCAGAAUACAUCAAGCUUUUAACCAAGAAGGUGUUUGCUGCGAUGACAAAGACAGAUGCCAUCAAGUCAGCCGUGGAAAAACAUCUGAAAGGAACAAUUGACUACAUGCAAGCAUGCAAAGAUGCUAUUCCCAGACUCAAAGAAGUUGACGAGCAGAUUCUUCAAGAUGCAGAAACAGAGACAAGAAGUGCAGCUGAAAUAAGGACCAUCUAUGAACCGAGAUUGGAUAAAGUUACCGAGCUGGCCGAGAAGCUUUGUGGCUUCUACACUACUGACAUCAAAAAGCACGAGUUCGAUCUUGCCAUCGGGAAACCGUCCAGCUGGAAACCUCCCAAGGAAGGGGGGCAAGGCCGUGUGUACCGUGUUCAACUCAGCAAAGAUGGAGGCACGUUCACGGCAGCUGUGAAGAUCCCAAAAGAGCUUCCUGCUGGUGAGACCUAUGCUAACUUUGUCAGGGAGGCAGAAAACCUCAGGUAA